UAACGAACCCUGCUGGCUAUUAACCGAUAGGUCAUAGGCAGCUGGUUCACCCAGGGUGGGGGAUAUGUGAAACACAUUUGUAACUGAUGACUCAGACCACAUGUUGGGAAAUAAUCUUUUUUUAUUUCCCUCACACUCCCCCCCAAACCGUCAAGGCCGGCUCUGUUUUUUCGGCGGCUCUCGUGGAGCAGACGCCGAACGGGAGUACCUCACUCCCUUCUUACCCCCCUUCUCUGGUGGGGGGCCGGAGGCGCGGGACGGUGCCCCGGAGGUGCGGGACGGUGCCCCAGCCGCCGCUGACGGACGAGUCUGACGCCUCGGCUGUUGUUGCUGCGAGUGUCUGUCUGUCUGCCGCUGUGGCCGGGUUGGCUGCUGCUGCCGCUGCUGCCGCUGCUGCUUCACUGCUGGCCGGAGCCAGCCGACAUGCUGGCGGAUGUCCUCCGCUUGCUCCGAUGCCGCCUUCAUGGACUCAACCAUGGCCAGGAACUGGGGUCCGAACAGCCCGUCCGAGCUGAUCGGAGCGUCCAGCAAAACCUUCCUGGCUGGCUCUGUAACCGCUGCUUGUUGCAACCAGAGGUGGCGCUGGAUCCAGGCUGUGAUCCUUGCCUGGGAGACCGCCACGGCUGCGCACAGCGUGAGUGCCGUGCUGGCCGCCUUAGCGAUCUCUUCCGCCUCCUCUGGAGCCACGGUGGUGGACCGUUCGACCAACGUCACCACCGAGUUGGUCACCAACGCGAUGUUAUUCGCUGCUGCAGACGCCUGGAACGCACACUGGUGUGCCCGGUCAGCCUGGCGGGCGACAUACUGGUCCUUGGGGGCGGCCAACAUAGGGCGCCGUCCGGCGACCAAGUUGGCCUGCCUAACCCCGAAGAACGCCGUUAAGCUCGGUUCCAGAGCGGGGGUGGUUAGAAAAACCUCGUCUGUGAACCCCUCCACCUUAGUGAAGGGGACAAAGGUGGCCACCGGAGCCCUUAAGGUCCUCGGGUUCGCCGCUGCCCCUUCCUGGUAUCGCCUAAUGGCGGGAAAGCGCGGCCAGAUCGGGUCACUCCUGCCCGUCUGAACCCGGGAAAACACUCCGGCCAUGUCAUCCAGAGCCACCCUCUCCCGUCCUCGGGGAACGGGGAGACCUCUGCAUGCUGCUGCUUUGCCGAUUAUUUCCGGCAGCUCCAGCAUAAUGCCACCCAACGCCGGUAGCGCCGUGGCCACGGAGAAGGGGACCACGUGCUCGGCCGCCACGCUCCGACCCCGUCUCCCCCGUCCGGGGAAGAGGGGGGAGGGGAGAGCCGCAUGGCGAGCCAUGGAGGGAGACGGGGUAGGAGUCGUCCGACUCCUGCCCCCCACUCGCCUCCAGAAACAGGCUGUUGUCCCUGUUCUGGAUGGGCCAGUCGUCCUCCUCACCCGCAGCAGCUAGAGCGUCUGCCCUUCGCUUCCUGUCGGAUGAUGGGAGACGAACACAAUGUGAACAUGCGAUCUGCUGGCUGAGAGCGGCGUCCGCGUGCUCUGGCCCCAGGCAGGAUGCGCAUAUUGGGUGCAAAUCGUAGCUCAUGAUGUAUCCCGUAUUGCACGAAGGACACAUGCGGACACAAUCAUUGCUGCUCAUGAUUCGAUCUUCAGAUUGCCGGGCACCCUUCCUAUUUAUACCGGAAGGAGGCCCGAGGGUGGGGCCCACAUGGCGGGUGGGCGUGGACUAUAAGUGUUUCAGUGCUGCGCGGGGGCGCAGAGGGAUAACCCAAUAGCGAUAGCCUUAGAGGGCGAAGCCAUAUACGAAAUAGAACUUUGAGUUCAUCUCAUGAAAAAUGGGAGCAAAAACAAAAGUGUUGCAUUUAUAUUUUUGUUCUGUGUAUGUCCACAGCAGUGCAUUGCUUAGCUGUCUGCUGGUUCUCCUCUCUGUUUCUCCAAACUGUAGCUCCUACAACCCCCCUUCAAACAAUAUGAACUAUCCCCUAAAAGCAAGUCAAAUUGACAUUACAUUUAUCUCCCCUUAACCUGCAAAUACACAUGCAUACAUUUUUGUAUUGAUGGUGAGCAAUUUAACAGACCUUAACAUGUGUGCUAAAAUUGUUUUGUGAAAUGUUUCAGGAAGACAAGUCUUAAUUUAGUUUGAAUUGUGUUUUUCUUCUUUUUUAGGACGAUCAUGCUAUUCUUCAAGGUGAUUCAUGCUGAGUGUGGAUCGAAACAUAGUACAGGACAACAUCCCCUCCUUGGUUUCUGCCCUGUCCAUGAUGUUUGGGAGCUAUUAUUGCUUCAACAUCGCCUACCCGUCAGAGCUGGCAUCCACCCUGGAGUUUGUCCAGAGGUGUUUUUUCUCCAUCAACCCAGAGAAGGGCACCAAAGUGGAGAAGACACGCGCAUCCCGUCUUCAGGUGAACCCGAGAGUCCUCACCUUGAUACAGGAACUUUCGGACCAUGAGUGGCGUGAUGUCUGAAUAUGGACAGUAAGAUCAAUGGCAUGUGGCGAUGUGCCCAAGUUACAGUUUGUUUGAUUGUUUAAAUCGUAGUUAAAAUGUGAAGAGCCUUUUUUUAAUGUUCUUUUAACUAAUUUAAAAAAAAAUGCAAUAUGUAACUCUCAAAAUGUCAAACUAUUCUUUUAAGGUCAUUGUAGCCACUCUUGCGGUUUGCUGUUACAAAGUGAAGUUGCUUAAACAAUCUUCAUUUGGCUUAUGUGGAUGUAAAAGCUCAGGACAUUACUGUUGAGUGUAAAAAUGUUGACGUGUUUUGUUUUCCACUUGGGUUUUUGCUUCUGAAGUGAAGGGUCUCUGCUGACCCUACCUCUUCACCUAUCUCACUUAGACACACACUCACAUGUGUUUUGCAACUGUAGCUUCAUCACGUACACACUUCCUUUAGCAAUGAACAUGUAUUCAACUAAGACAAUCCCUUAUUUUGGCUAAGUUACAGCUCAGUCAAUGGCUGUGACAGUAGAGUAUUAUAUUAUACAGGUGCCCACUAUAAGAGAUGAGACAUAAAGUACUAACCUAUUUGAAAACAUUAUUUCCCAUAAAUCAUUUGAUGUGAUGUAAGUAACCUCUUAACUUUGUUCAGCUUGAAUUUCCUGGACAAUGUGAGCUGUUUGUUUAUUGUGCAGCCUUAGUUUGUAUGUUUAACCAAGAUGUAUGUUGAGAAAAGACAGAUGUUUUUGAUCACUGCUAUUAUAUAUAUAUAAUACAUUCUUGGAAAGGCAAGUUCUUGUUGGAAUUUGUUCAACUUUUAAUACAGUGGCUCUUGAGGUUUAUCUAGCUUUGCAUUUUUUUUUUUUUAAGUGCUUAAUCUGUGUACCCUGGAUUACAUUCUUCACAUUUCUGGUAAUAGUCAAACAUAUAUAUAUAUAUAUAUACACAAAGGCAGUGUAGUUUAAAUUAAAUGUUUCAAUCUGACUAAUGUGUAGGAAAAACAUUUUUUUUCCGCUGAGCAAUAAUCCUUACAGGCGGUUUUAUACUAUAUAUUUGAGAUUGAUAUUCAUAGAACAGUUUUUUCUGCAUUUUAAUUGUAAUAAAUACGUUUUAAAGAA